AUGGGUAAAGGAGUAUUAAAGUAUGGUGGAAAGUCGGGUAUUCUUCCCAGGACAAAGGCUAUCUUUGGCAGACCGAUCCGUCCUAUGAACGAAAUCGAAUUACAAAAAGAGAAAGCCACGGAGAGUGGAUACGCAGAAGGUGUGCCAACGCCAAAGAUAAAUGGAAAACAUCUCCCACGUCAGCAACCCCCAAGAAAGUAUAUCACCGUUGAGGACAGAAUUAAGCAUAUCAAGUACCCACCAAUGUCGUUACGAGAAAUGAACGACUUACCAGCUGAGGAGAGAGACGCUUACAAAAGAGCCUAUUACCGAGCCGAAUUUUUGAAAGAGGCCUAUUUAGAAGAGGAAAAAAGGUUAAAGAAGAUAGACGAGCUCAAAAGGAGUGUACAUGAGAAAGAGUUGGCAAAGCAGCGCCAAUUCGAAGAAGAACGUAAGGCUGAUUCCUCCAAGAUUGCAUCGUUACCAACCAUGCAAAAGAUUUUGGAGCAAGGUUUGAUUAGAAAGAGGACACCAGAAGAGCAAGAGUUGUUGAAGGAGCAACGCAAAUUGAACCGUCGCUCUAAGGAGCUACACGAGAAAGAAGUCAAGGCACAGAAAUUACUCGAGUUGUAUCACUCAGCCGCCAAAUUUAUCACAACCGAGGAGCAGUUGGAAGAGGCCAUCUAUAGGGCGUUUGAAGUUGAUGUCGGCAAGUUUGACAGUGCUCAAACAAGUGUAGAAACAAAGUUGUUUUCGAGAGGAGCUGGAUACUUGGUUGGUGAAGUAAAUGAGUUGAAGAUUACUGAUGCCGUUUUGGGACAAAUUAAUGGAAAACCUGGUUUGGAACAAAUCAAGGACGUGUUGAGUGGAACUAGAGAAAAAACGAAAAGGGAGGCUCAAUUGAACUUGAGCAAUGAGAUAUAG